AUGAAUCACGAUUCUUUUUCAUCCUUCAAAUUUCGCCGUCCAUCGAGCAAACUCCAUAAGGACCCUCCCGGAUACGGUCCCCGCGCCCUUAACAGCCAGCAGAGCACCACGUCACUUAAACGGCACCCCUCUGCCCCCGUCUACCCGCGCUCCUCUGCCGCUGGAAGUCGAGAACACCUGCGGACUAGGUCCAACGCAUACGGCUCGUCAUCUUCGUCCCUAGAUCAGAAUAGCGCGGGCGCAUCUCCGGUCCUUGGGAGCAGCGAUUCUGGCCAUUUCCACAGCAGCCAGAAUUCAUCUAGGUCCCGUCCCCCAUACUCCGGGCGGCUUUCUUUGAACGAUCAAAGCUCAGAUGAAUUAAUCGGCGCCCCGUUCGAUUCGCGGGGUAUGCUAAGCGCCCUGGAAGAAAAUACUGCUGAGUCCGACAGAAGUUACCAACACCAACCACCAAACCCGGUUGACAAGUUCGAAAAACCCCCGAAUUUCCGAUCGCAGACUGCACCCAACGCACGAGCUCUGAGACAAUCAGCCAGUUUUACUAACCUGCCUCCCCGUAUGGAGGCCUUUCCGAAUGCCGCUGGCAACGACCGCUCGACAAAUACGAAGCGUUUCUCCGAUGAGGCCCACCCCGUUAGACCUGCUGGACCUAGCAGAAGCAAGAAGAGCAGUUUCUCCAGCUUCGUCAAUAGCAUGCUAGGGUCCCCUCGUGGGAUCAAGAUUUCUGCCCCCGAGAACCCAGUCCAUGUCACUCAUGUCGGCUACGAUAACCAGACAGGCCAAUUUACUGGGCUACCGAAGGAAUGGCAGCGGCUGCUACAAGAAAGUGGUAUCACGCAAAAGGAGCAGGAAGAACACCCACAGACCAUGGUUGAUAUCAUGAGAUUCUACGAGAAAAACGCCCGAGGAGAUGAUGAAGUCUGGCACAAGUUCGACCAUGCGUACCCUCAACAGCCGACCUCCGCAAGUCCAAUAUCCCAACCAGCCGGAUCAGCUCCGUACGGCGGCAACCAACGAACCUCUUCUCCCACCAGCCCUCGAUUUCCUCAGAACCACGAGGGUAGCUUUGAAAAUCCCCGAGCACCGCCCCCAAUUCCCCGUGCUGCUCCUGCCGUAGCUCAAGCCAUGUCUCCACCGCUGGGAGGUCUUGUACCUAACCGAGCGCCUCCCAAACCACCGACUCCUGCCAACCUAGUUCCGAACCGGCCUGCGCCGCAACCUCCUACAUCGAGUCCUUAUCCUGCCAUCUCUAACAGACCCGCCCCGGAAACCCAGAGCCCCCAGUUCAGCACGCCUCCGAUUCCAGAGACGGAGGCCUUGCCUUCAGAAUCGCAACGGAGUCGGUCAAACUCCAAGACAAAUGGUGCGCAAGGACCGUGGCCGUCGGUUACUCCGAAUCAAUAUCAGCAACAGCAGGAGCAGGCAAUGGCUGCAGCGCAGCAAGCUCUUGCCAACAAACAACUUGAACGGAGCCGCAGUCAACGCCAGCAACAGCAGUCUCCGCGAGUGGACCAGAAGCCGAUCGCGCAACCACUUCCUCCACAUCACGCUCCUUCGCCCGAAGACGCUGCCCUGGCACAAGCUUCGCAGAAUGCGCGUGCUGCACCGGCAGCCCGGCCUCGCCAGCGGGCCCGCCAAAGCAAUGCCAUGGAUGUUAGAGCGCGGUUGGUCGCUAUCUGUACACCUGGCGAUCCUACGAAACUUUACUACAAUUUGAAUAAGAUCGGCCAGGGUGCAUCUGGUGGCGUUUUCACUGCUUAUGAACAGAACACAAAUAAUUGUGUCGCCAUCAAGCAAAUGAACCUGGACUUGCAGCCAAAGAAAGACCUUAUCAUCAACGAGAUUCUGGUCAUGAAGGACAGCAAGCACAGGAACAUCGUCAAUUUUCUGGACAGCUACCUCCACGGACUGGACUUGUGGGUGGUCAUGGAAUACAUGGAGGGAGGUAGUCUUACUGAUGUGGUUACCUUCAACAUCAUGAGUGAAGGCCAAAUUGCCGCUGUUUGCAGAGAAACGCUUAGUGGUUUGCAGCACCUUCACUCGAAGGGUGUAAUUCAUCGAGACAUCAAAUCGGAUAACAUCCUUCUGUCAUUAGACGGAAACAUCAAGCUGACCGAUUUUGGUUUCUGUGCGCAAAUCAACGACUCCCAGAACAAGCGAAACACCAUGGUUGGUACACCGUACUGGAUGGCUCCUGAAGUUGUGACGAGGAAGGAAUAUGGUCGUAAAGUCGACAUUUGGAGUCUGGGAAUUAUGGCCAUCGAGAUGAUCGAAGGAGAGCCACCUUAUCUCACCGAAUCGCCUCUUCGCGCUCUGUACUUGAUCGCCACGAAUGGCACCCCCAAGAUCAAGGACGAGCACACCUUGUCACCUGUAUUCAAAGACUUCCUUCACUUUGCUCUCAGAGUGGACCCCGAGAAACGGGCAUCAGCUCAUGACCUAUUGAAGCAUCCCUUUAUGAACGUUUGCGCACCUCUCAACCACCUUUCGCCGCUUGUCAAGGCUGCACGGAUCAGCAGGGCCCAGGAGAAAGCCCAAAAGGGUGGUGUUUGA